CCCACCUUUUAUUACACUCUCUCACUAAAAUUAAGCAAUCUCCAUUUCAACGUGAUUCCAAGCUUUCAUCAAUGGCGGCUUCAACUCUUUCCAGUUCCAUAACCACGACCUUCAAACCCUCUCUGCACCCACCACGCGCCUCCGCUAUCCACCCUCUCCCUUCCAUCAAACUCCCCUCUAAUAACAACCCCUUCAAUAAUCCCUUAAUUUCCCAGUUUACCCCUACUACAAAAAACCCCACCCUCACACCUCUCCUUUCCGCCACCACCACACCGGAAACCACCACAGCCACCGCCUUCCACGGUCUCUGCUACGUCGUGGGUGACAACAUAGACACAGACCAAAUUAUCCCUGCAGAAUACUUAACCUUAGUCCCAUCAAACCCGGAAGAGUAUAAGAAACUCGGGUCAUACGCUCUUUGCGGACUCCCUUCGUCUUACCAAACGCGUUUCAUCGAACCGGGUGAAUUUACAUCCAAAUACUCAAUCAUCAUAGGUGGAGAUAAUUUUGGGUGCGGGUCGUCGCGUGAGCACGCGCCGGUUGCUUUAGGGGCAGCUGGUGUGGCGGCGGUGGUGGCGGAGUCGUAUGCUAGGAUAUUUUUCAGGAAUUCAGUGGCGACCGGUGAGGUUUAUCCGCUUGAUUCGGAAGUGAGGAUUUGUGAUGAGUGUAAGACUGGUGAUGUGGUGACAGUUGAACUUGGAGAGAGUAGGUUGAUUAAUCAUACUACUGGGAAAGAGUAUAAAUUGAAGCCUAUUGGUGAUGCUGGUCCUGUUAUUGAAGCUGGUGGCAUAUUUGCGUAUGCGAGAAAGGCUGGAAUGAUCCCUAACCGAGAAGCUUAGUUUUCCAAGUGGUAAUUUGGCUCAGUUCACUAGUUUUCUUUAAAGUUUUGUACUUUAUGCUUUCUGAAAAAUGAAUAAAUAUGGUGUUUGUUGUAUGACUUGGAGAAAAAUUCAGCACCCUUAAAAGUUGUCUUGUGUUCUAUCAUGCCUUUUUUCAGUAUAAAUCAAUGGAUAAACUACAUCCGGAUUUGAAA